GAAUACCGCACCCGAGCUAAAACUCGAUCGUGGGACUGACGAACCCGAUGAGAACCGGUUCGUUAAAUUCCAUCAUGAUUCAGCAGGAAUGCCGGCAACUGGGAAAAAAAUGGGUAUAGUGAACUAAUGUACUCCUGCGCACUUAAGUGACCACUGACAGAAUCCUUCGCGCAUGCCAGGUAUUUACUCAGGCGUCAAUACGAAACCCUGGUCUGUACACGCACAUGCAGGAUUGUACGAAACUGUACGUACACGAUAUCACGUGGCAGUCAAGAGCAGCUAGGCUACACCCCGCUGGCGAGCGAGCAACAUUGUAUAUUUGUCACGCCUGUUCCGCUCUCUGCUUGUCUAUACCGAAAAUAGUUUCGAACGCUAAAAAAUACGGCCAGAGAAUAGACAUGAGUGCCUUUGAAGACUACCAGAAGGUUUGCAAGUACUAUGACGAAUUCAGGUACCCGAUAGGAGCGGAAACCGAGCUGAGAGAACUAUGCAGACUGGGGAAGCCAUUAAAGGACGUUCACAUUGCAGACAUUGGUUGCGGCACCGGAAACUAUUCCAAGUACUUCCUGGACAAUGGGGUUGGCAAGGUGUCUAUGUUCGACGGAAGCGAGGGCAUGUUGAGCUACGCAAAGACCAAGGUUGCCGACUACGUCGCCGAAGGGCGCGUGUCUCAUUGCGAGACGCUGCAACUUCCAAACCCCUUGCCGGACGGACAGCAGUAUGACGUCAUCUGCAUGAAUUUCGUCCUGCACCACCUCGGCUCGCCUGACGACGACGCCUCGACCAGAACCUUCCCGAAAGCGACGGCGGCGCUGCGCAACAUCUACGCGUCUCUGAAGAGUGGCGGCCAUUUUAUCCUGCUCACCUGCUUAAAACCGCAACUCAAGACCAGCAUGUGGUACCACGGCCUCAUCGACGAUCUAGAUAGCAUCUUCGAGGCACCGAUCAUGGAUCUAGCCUACGGAGACUACUCUACGUUGGAGAAGACGCUGAAGGGGAUUGGCUUCGACAAAAUGGAGGCGACGGUUCCUCUUCACGAGACCCUCAUGAAGCCAGUGCACUACUACAACAUCGACGCGGUGUUCGACCCGAAGUUUCUACAAGCCGAUUCUACGUUCACGCUUCUCAGAAACAGAAGCAAGAACUCGGGUUCGAACGAAACGGACGCGCUCCACCAGCGGCUGCGCAAGCUGAAGGAGAGCAACAAAGCGGAAGCGUUCAUGGAGAGGCAGGAGGAGCUGAGGAGAACUUAUGGAUGUGCAACCGUUAUCACGGCCCGCAAACCAUGAGAACGCCGUAUAUAUGCGUCCCUGUAUGAUUACACAACUGCUACCACACGUAAUACAUUAAUAUAAUAUAUAUAUAUAUAUACAGGGUUCUGCCCACGG